AUGAGCUCCACCGCCGCUGUGCCCCUUAAUCGCCGCACUCGCAGCCGGCCGCCGUCGGUCGCGUCCUCCCGCAGCAGGUCCGAUGAUCCCACGGCCGCCGCCGCCGCCACCUCCGCCACCGCCAACGGCAACGGCAAAGUCUCCACCAAGCCCGCCUCCCCCGACCACGCCUCAGGGGAGAGGACGGUCAAGAAGCUGCGGCUGUCCAAGGCGCUGACGAUCCCGGAGGGGACCACGGUCUCGGAGGCGUGCCGAAGGAUGGCGGCGAGGCGGGUCGAUGCCGUGCUGCUCACCGACGCCGGUGGCCUGCUCUCUGGCAUCGUCACCGACAAGGACAUCGCUACAAGGGUCAUUGCCGAGGGGCUGCGAGUUGAGCAAACAAUCAUCUCCAAGAUUAUGACAAGGAACCCUUUAUAUGUCACGGGGGACACACCUGCUAUUGAGGCACUGCAGAAAAUGGUCCAAGGGAAAUUUAGACACCUUCCAGUUGUGGAAAAUGGUGAGGUUAUUGCGAUGCUGGACAUUGCAAAAUGCCUCUAUGAUGCAAUAUCUAGACUGGAAAAGGCAGCAGAGCAAGGAAGUGCACUAGCAGCUGCUGUAGAAGGGGUUGAGCGCCAGUUGGGUGGCAACUUCUCAGGUCCACACAAUCUCAUAGAGACUCUGAGAGAACGGAUGUUUAAACCUUCUUUGUCAACCAUUAUCACAGAGAACACAAACUCAAAGGAUGUGCUGAUGCGUGUUGUGGCCCAAAAUCUUUCUCCUGAGUUAACUCUAGUAGAAAAGGUAAUGACUGCACACCCCGACUGUGCUACAUUGGAUACAACAAUCCUUGAUGCACUACAUAUCAUGCAUGAUGGCAGAUUCUUGCAUAUUCCUGUUCUUGAUGGAGAUGGGCGGGUUGCUGCUUGUUUGGACGUUCUGCAAAUUACCCAUGCUGCCAUUUCAAUGGUUGAAGGAGGUCCUUGUGCUGCAAAUGAUGUGCCAAACACGAUAAUGCAGAAAUUCUGGGACUCUGCACUUGCUCUAGAGCCUCCAGAUGAGGAUUUUGAUAGUCACAGUGAAUUAUCUUUAGUGAUGCCAUCAGAUGCCAGGGAUGGCAGGAGUAGUAUUUAUCCUCCUGCUGUUGAUAAUUCAUUUGUCUUUAAGCUUCAGGACAAGAAGGGACGUAUGCAUAGAUUUACUUGUGGCUCUGAGAGUUUAGAUGAGCUGAUGUCUUCUGUAAUCCAAAGGUUAGGCAUGGGUGAUGAGAAGAGUGUGAUUCAACUGUUGUAUGAAGAUGAUGAAGGCGACAAGGUGCUGUUGACAACUAAUUCGGAUCUUACUAGUGCUGUGUUGUAUGCGAAAUCAUCUGGAUUGAAGGCCUUGAGGUUGCAUAUUGACGACUCAGAUUCCAGCAAUGAAGUAACACAGCCAUUGCCAGAGCUGGUAUCAUCAUCCCACAGAAGUCAGUCAAUGCAUGUUCAUUAUGGAUUGAUGGCUUGUACGAUUGCUCUGACAGGGGUAGCUGUGAUGGUUUACUUGAGACACUCGAAAGGUUGA